AUGGCCUCCUCCAGGCCCGUGGCCCGCUUCUGGGAGUGGGGCAGGAACAUCGUCUGCGUGGGGCGCAACUACGCCGAGCACGCCAAGGAGAUGGGGAGCGCGCUGCCCGCACAGCCCCUCUUCUUCCUCAAGCCUUCCUCGGCCUACGUGCGCGAGGGCUCGCCCAUCCUGCGGCCCUACUACUGCAGCAACCUGCACCACGAAGUGGAGCUGGGGGUGGUGAUGGGGAAGCGGGCGCAGGCCGUGUCCCAGGAGGCCGCCAUGGAGCACGUGGCGGGCUAUGCCCUGUGCUUGGACAUGACCGCCAGGGACACGCAGGAGGAGUGCAAGAAGAAGGGUCUGCCCUGGACCUUGGCCAAGGGCUUCAGUACGUCGUGCCCCGUCAGUGACUUCGUGCCCAAGAACAGGAUCCCCGACCCUCACAAGCUGAAGAUCUGGCUCAAGGUGAACGGGAAGCUGAGGCAGGAGGGGGAGACCUCCUCCAUGAUCUUCUCCAUCCCCUACCUGAUCAGCUACAUCAGUGAAAUUGUCACCCUGGAAGAAGGGGAUUUGAUCCUGACAGGGUCUCCCAAAGGCGUUGGGUCCCUGGAGGUGAAUGAUGAGAUAGAGGCCGGGAUAAGUGACGUCUUGUCCAUGCGGUUUAAGGUGGCACAGCAAAUACGUCGAGCCUGACGGAGAGCCUCGCCGUGACCCCGCUCUGUACAGGAAGAGGCACUUUGGGAAUGGCUGGUGAACGAAGAGACAUGCUGGCACGUCUGCCGCCCUGGAUGUUAAACACUUUUGUGGCCUAAAUCGACUGUCGGGCAUCAAAAACACAUGGUCCACGAGCUCUGAAGGCCUUUGACUGAAACAGCUCCCAUGCCCACAGCAACUUCAGCCUCCUCUGGGGCUGUGAACCUGCAGAGGGGGCUGACUGCUUAGCUGAGGGCAGGCCAGGAGUCCAGCCUAGGGGAGCUGGUUAGUAUCUAAACCUGAGCUGGGAACUUGCUGUGCAGACAAUGUGCCAUACAGCUGUGGAGGAGCUGCAGCAAUGAAAGAGGGUAGAAAUGCAGCAGCGGGGUGGCUGUCACUAUGUUUCCCCUUCCAUUCUACUGAUAUUUUGAGCUUUGCCAAUGUAUCACCUUAAAAUAAAAAUUAAAAAUUAAAACAUUAAAA